AUGAGCAUAGAACAAUUGGAAAUUGUAAGUGUUAAAAAAUGAUUAAAAAUAUUUUGUUUCAAAUUCAGGCCUACUCGAACAAUGUGAUUGAAAUUUUGCAAACAAUCGGAAAUAACGCAGUGGAAUACACAAAUAUUUUGGGAGAUCGAGCAAUGGAUAUUGUCAUUUCGAAUAUUGAAGAAUACUUGGCAAUUCUGAAAAAUAUUCGAAAUGAAUCGACUGAUAAUACGUGAGCAGUUUUUGUGAGCAAGUGAACUUUGAGUGAAAAAUGCAAGAUUUUUCAGACAAACUGCUAAUCCUGUCACUCUUUCUCCACAACAUUUUAAUGAUUCAAUGCUUAUUCAUCGAACUCGUCUUUCAAGGUAUGAGAAUUUGGAACAGCAGUUGUCGGCUUCAUAGAAUUAUCUCCACUCUCCAUUUCUCGAAAUUCUAUCAAAAUUUUAACAGAUCUUCCAAAUCUCGUCUAAAUGUAAUGCGAACUUCACCCGAAAAUUGCCGCCAAACUUUGCAAUUUUCACCAAUGGAAAUCGAUCGAAAUGCAACAAUAAUUGAUGUCACACCAAUUUCAAUCGAGACACACGAACAAUCGACUCUUAUUGAUCCAACUAUUUCGAUGGAUGAGAGUACGGUAGGUAAAAUUACAACUACAAAAAUCAUCCAAAACUUUAUUUUUUUUAGAAUGAACGUGGAUUCUUGGCCGAUGUUAGUUCUUUGAAUGGAACUGUUAGAUCAAGACAACCAAGUUUCAAUUUUGAUUCAAUUUCUCCAGUUCAACAAGGAUUCGAAUUUGAGCAUGAAGCUCCAAUUUUCACUGAAAUGUUGGUUUGUUUCAAUCUAAACAUGAGCUAUCAGAAAAAAAGCUACUAGAACACAUAUUUUCCAUCAAUGCUCUCUACUCUUCAAAUUUUAAAAGUUGUAAAUUUCAGGCUUCGAAAUCAUGCUGGAAAAGAUCAAAGUGUUAUUUUGAUAGAGCAAACACCGUAAGAUUAUUUCAGAUUUUAUCUGAAAAUAUAAUUCUUUUUUUAUAGAAAACCACGAAGCAAAUUGGUUGAUGAAACACCGAAGAAUUUGUGGAAUGUUAAACUUCGCCCGGGAAGCAAUCGAAAAAUUUCCGAGGAAAUUCGAAGAGAAAUUCAGAGACAAUUGGAUGAAUAA